GGAUCGUGGUAAUAGAUUGGUAUUGUUUUCAGUCCUGUGUUGACAGUUUAGCUACGACAAUCGCAUGGCUGCACUCGUAUCUGCAUGUCACAAAUUAGUUUGAAAAUAACAAUGACAUAAUUAUCUAUACUUUCAUACACACGGUGUUUAAAUUUAAACAGUUACUAUAUUGGUAGUUGCAGGGGCCUGGUUGUAUUUUAGCUUAAUUGUCUUUUAAUCACCCGUGGACUUGUGUCAGGGCAGGUUCUGACAUGCCCGACCAAUUGCUGCAGAGCGGCGGUUUUUAGAACUAUCAGACAAGAUCACGUUGUAAAUACUAGGAUACUACCAUUGACGAUACUGGAGAAAGUCGAAUGAUAUGUACAUUUAACAUGCUGGUAUAGCGUAUGAUAUACAUGUGAAAUUUAAGAGUGGAAUAUUGUGAAAUGUGAAGACUGCUCUAUGUUUGGUUGUUGACGAACCCAAGUUACCAGGCGUGUCUUGUACCCUGCUCACUGUUGCAUGAGUUUCCCAUCACUGGGAGUGAGGCGUAGUUUAGUCCUCCCCUUGCACCCUGAGGAAGAUGUCAGUUGAAACUGUUGUGUUGUGUCUGGCACUGUGUUGACCACCUGAUCUCUGUGUUUCCCUGCACUUGUUGUUGUGAAUGAUGGCUGGUGGUGGUACCUAUUUCUCCAGUGAGAGUGAUGAGUAUUAUCUCCCCUCCAGCAGGCAGAGGCGCCACCCCCAUGACAUGGGCGACAUGGAUCCGCGGGUGCAGGAGCUCACUGCCAAUCUACAGGACACAACACGUAAUCUCCGAUCUCUCGACCAGAUGCUGGACAAUUACAGGAGUGUGGGGAAUGAAAGGAGGUCUGCAGUUGACAGGCUAAGAGAUGACCUUGACCGAACUCACGAGGAUAUCCGUCAGGAGAGGUACCGAGAGGCACUCUAUCAGAGAGAUUAUGGGAGUGAUAAUGAUUCUCCUAGUUCCAACACCAAAAGGAAAAGGAAAGCAAUGGUGCGAUUUGCAGAUGAUAUGAACAAAGAGUUGCAUGGGAUUCAUCAGUCUGUCCGUGACCUGUCCUCAGAGCAGCUGAGGCUGGAGGAAAGUUUUAACAGGGAGAUGGAGAGGAGAGACAGGUAUGAUACUGACACGAAACAUUCACUACGAGAUAUAACAGACAGCAUGAAGAAGAUGACCCCAAGUGAUUCAAUUGACAACCGAGUGGAGCGCCGUCUGCUGCAGAUACAGAAUGAGCUGCGCACAGACAGAAUGGCUACAGAGAGGCAUGACGAUUUGGGGACACUCUCGUCAGAGCUGAGAAAUGCAGUACAACAGCAGCAGCAGCUGCCUAUGCUCAUCGAUGAAAGGAUACGGAGCCAGUCCCUCCAUGCUGAGACUCAGAAACACAAGAUUGAGUCUGAACUGGACGGUGUAAAGCGUCGCCUGGAUCAGAGUGAAGGAAGCCGGACAGCUCUACAACACCAGGUGGAAGAGCUGAGGUCACAGCUAAUGAGGGCUGACCAGGAGCGAACUCACUUCAAGAUGAAGAUGGAGGAAGCUCGUCUGGAGGAUGAAAUGAGAGAUAAGAGGAAACGGAGAGCUAUGGAUGAAGAGGAUGGUAGACGAGGUGUGGAAAGAGAGAUUCAUGAGUUGAGGGGAGAACUUGCCAGGUCAGUUGGAGCCAUCACAGAGGUGGAUGAACUGAGACGAGCUGUGGAGAAGAGUGAGCGGCAGAGAGCACAACUGUCCGACCACAUUGAAACAUUGACAAAGGAUCUAGAGAACCGGGAAAAGCAGAAUGCCAAGCUGAUCACUGAGUUAAAGGCAACAGGAGAUCGCCUUGAUGACACCGAGAGACACCGGCUGCUGAUAAAUACCCAACUGGAGGAUGUUGUGCAGAGACUCCGGGACACCUCACGAGAGCUGGAAAAGACAUCAAAUGAGCUGAAGAACACUCAACUCUCACUCCAUGAAAGUGAGAAGAAGAAGGAUGAGUUCAAGACACGGGCCCAGGACACAGUCAGACAAUGGAAGAUGAAGGUGAAGCAGCUGGAGCGUGACCUGGACCGACAGAAGCAUGCGUGGAAGCAGAUGAUGCAGCGCAAUGAGCAGCUGGUGAAGGACAUGGAGGGGAGUAGGCAUCAGUCCAGCAACACAGUCAUACACUUGGAGAGUCUCAAAAGGGAGCUUGGAGACGCCUUGGCUGUGAGGGCAGCACAGGAUGAGCAGAUUCGUCUCAAGGACAUUGAAGUGAACGAGCUGAAGUCUCUACGCAUUGAUCUUGAGAAGGAGCUACGAGAUCUGCGCACAGUUGCCGACAGGAUGGAAAAUGAGCUGCAUUCCCUGAGGUCAAGGUCAGCAGAUGUUUCAUCAGACCGGCAUCGAUUGGAGGAUAAAUUGUCAGCUGUAGAAGCAGCUCAUCUCCUUGCCCAGGAUCAGGCCAAUCAGCUCCAGAUGGAGCUGAAGGAGCUGAGUACUGUGAAGGCUGACCUUGCAGGGCAGAAUGCUCAAUCUACAGCUAAAGUCCAUGACUUGAAGCAGAAGUUGGUUGAGCUGCAGCACCGAGAGAAGGCUGCCAAGGAUGAGGCUGAGCUAUACAAAAGGCAGCUCUUUCAGGAGAGAUCAGGCCAUCAGCAUGGGAUGGAGUCCAUCAAGAUUGAGCUUAAUGAAGCCAAGGUGAGAGAAGCACAUACUAUGCAUGAAGUGUCACGGCGGUUCAAGCGGGAUCAUGUAGAAUAUGAGGCCACAAUUCAAGCACUCAAGUUGGAGCUAUCAGAGGAGAAGUCUGCCUGUAAGAUUGCCAAGCGAAAUGAAGACAAAUGGAAACAGGAGGUUGACAGACUUGCAGCACAGCUCACAAAGUAUGAGGAGGAUAAUGCCAGACUCAUUCACAGACUGGACCUUGUAAAACAGGAAUUUGAAACUCAUACCCAUCUGGCUGAGGAUGACGUAAGCAGAGUACGGCGUCUAGAUGAGCAGCUGGUGGCAGCACAAGCAGAACUGAAAAGACUGGAGGACCAACAGGCACAUAUCGUCCAGGAGAUGGCACUGGAAGUGCAGGCAGUGUUGGAGGCAGGGAAACUGGAUGCAGUGUCCAAAUACCAGCCCAUCAAUGGUUUGAUGAAAGGAGCCAAGACUAUCAUGUACCUAGUCACAGAGAUGAAGAGCAAGCUCAAGUGGAUGCGUAUGGAGCUGCGAGACAGGAUCCUGCGAGAGCAGCGGCUUCGGCAAGAGUUCCGACAAGCUCUCACAUCCAAUGAUAUGGAUCGUAAGUUCCUGUUAGUAGAGCUGGCUAAAAGAGAUGAAGAACUGGAUGACAUAGCAGCUGCCAAACAAGAGUUAGCCUUCAAAGAAGUUGAAAGCAAGAAUACUGUAGAUGCUCUGGAGGAGCACAUUCUGGACCUGACGGAUGAACUGCAUGUACAUAAGGUGAAGCAGGUGGAACAAGAACUGACGUUUGAGCGUGAAAAGCUGAACAUCAUAGAAGAUAUGGAGAACAUCAUGGGUGGUCAAGAAGAGCGAGAUUUGAUAGAAAAACGAUAUAACAGACUCCGUGAGACAAUGAGGUCCCUCCAUGAAGAUAUCAAGUCCACUGGCUACUCCUCUCACCAGGGGAGCCAUACAAAUGGCCAGUGUGGUAAUCUCAGGCCUACAUCCAUCUUGAGGUCUUCCACACCCAGUGGGUCACCCAAGAAAAAGAAUCAUGUCCGCAUUCUUGACAGUCCUCCUACAUUAGAUCGUCCUUCAAGAUCUAGAUCACCCUCAAGGACACGUUCAAGAUCAUCAUCCAGGUCACCACGAAGGUCAACUUCACGCUCACCUCACAGGUCUUCAUCUCGUUCCCCAAUACCUACAAUGGCUGGCCAAGUUGGUAAGACUCCCCCACCAUUGUCUAUGUCUGAUGAAGAAUUCCGGAAACGCUUUCUCCCACAGACCCCUAAGACUAGUGGUGAUGAUUUGAUGACAUAACAAGUUCUGGUAGUCAUCAAAUGUAAAUCUCCUAGUUUCCAGCAUUAUGUACAGAAACUGCCAUGUGUGUUUCAUAAGACACUGGCAGACACACCAGUCAUACUAACGAGUGUAUGUUUCUACCAGCAUAUUUACAGCUGAGAAUGAAGGUCUUUUUCUGGUCAGUACUGUAUUUGUUGUCUAUAAAGUUUCAUCAAGUUUUGUUCUGGAUCUUUUAGCUUUUUAUCAAAUGCCAUGAAAUUUAAGAUUAUUAUGAAGAUAUACAUAUGGAAUAUUAUGUUCUUUUAUUAUUGGAAGUCCUCCUAAAGUCAAAUGGUUUUUCUUUUACUGAAGGCAGAUUUUAUAAGUUUGAAAACACUGAAUCAUAUAGGUUUUGACAUAUUUCUUAUUCCAAGAAAUGUGAUUUUUAAAGUGUAUUUCUAUCAUUGUUUUAGUCUCUGUUUCAGUGCAUAAAAGGAAGUGACAGGGACAGGUGUUUGUAAACUGUAACAAUACUAGACACUAGUGAUGUGCAGGUGCCCUGCAUCCUGGUCCAGCUGCCUCAACAGGCACGCCGCCAUAGUCUGUGAUGUGCUGUACUUUUAGCAGUAUUAUUUUAUUAUUUAUUAUGUAUAUAUACAUCUAGAACAGUCCAUUUAGAAGAACCUAUUUACACACCUAUUUAUUGUAUAUACACAGUGUUAUGUGAUUUUUAUAUACUAAGUAAUAUUGCUGAUAAAAUGUGAACAGUUAACUGCCUGGUGGCCAUUCAGGUUGAUAGUUAUUGAUGCUAGCGGCAGUACAGUUCCAUGUUAUAUAUUGACUCUAAGCAUCUUGUUCAUUCUGUUUAUGUCUUUACCCUCUAUGCUUCAUUCCUGGGAUAUGUUUGGGUCAGGUGCUUGCAUUGCUUGCUGGUGUUACCACCCACCAUGUGCUUACAUAAGUCACUAUUUACUAUAUCUUGCCUCACAAGAUAUUAUGCAUUGUGGAGAGUGGUGAUCUGUCACACUGUGCUCCCACUGCUCCCACUGAAGGCCUUCGAGAGAAACUGUCACUACUAUCAGUUUCCACCCAGGUUACAUGACCAGCCAGUGGUUACAACCUGUGAACCAUGCUUCAGAAGGCAGGUCCAGUUUCUUGAAGCAGUGAAGAGAGGCACUUAGUGUGAAACAAGUAUUAGCCUUCACAAACCUACUAUGAUACCUCUUAAUGAAAUGUGUAGUGGAAAGUUAAAUUGUAAAGUGAUGUUUCUUUGGCAUUCAAUGAAACUUAAUUUCUCCAACUUUGCCCUAAAUUGGCUUUUGACUCUGAAGGACACAUAUGACAAUUUUGACAAACCCUUGAUGUUCGAUGGACUGCCUUCUUUCUAAGAUGUGAGAAUAACUUUGUGUGUAUCAAUUGCUGAUAAAAUAGUGUUUGUAACUAGACAAGUAUAUGGUAAUGUAUUGCUCAGAUGUUAAGGUGGGUUCAUUAAAAUGAGAGCUGUGCAAGUAUGAUGUCAAUGAUAUUUAAGUGGUAUAAUCCAUUGAUGAUAUGAGAUACCACAGUAAUAUGUUCCAACGAUGUCAUAAGAUACCACAGUAAUAUGUGUUUACGAUGUCAUAAGAUACAACAGUAAUAUGUUUCAAUGAUUUCAUAAGAUACUGCAGUACUAUGUUUAAACAAUGUCAUGAGAUACUACAGUUUCAGUCAUGUCAUGAGAUUCUAUGGGACUGUUUCGAUGAUGUCAUAUGAGGUAAUACAAAGAUCUGUUUUAAUGAUGCGAUGUAAGGUUUUACUGUAGUGCUUCAGUGGUGGCAUGACAUAUAGCAGUCAUGAUGUCAUGGGAUACUGCAGAAAUAUAUGACUGAUGUCAUGUAGGUUAACAUUAUUCCCCGGUUUCGAAUCCCCACAUGGGUACAAUGUGUGAAGCCCAUUUCUGGUGUCCCCUGCUGUGAUGUUGCUGGAAUAUUGCUAAAAGCGGCGUAAAACCAAACUCAGUCAGUAACAUUAUUCCAGUGAUGACGUGAUGUUUUAAGGAAACAUUGGUUUAACUACUGUACUGUCAGCCACCUUCAGGUAGAUCUUAUAUAGAAGCCUGCGGUGGCCAGGGGAAGUUGUGUUCUCAAACACAGGAUACUUUUGCAACAGUCCAAGUGCCUCACAUGUUGGUCUUUGUAUAAAUAUAAAAUAAAAUAUAUCUUUUGUAUUA